UAUAAAGAAAAUUGCGCUCCCAUAUAAGUUAGCCGAAAAUGAUCGAUGAUUCGUAUAGCAACCUUUAACGACAUAUUGAUCGUCUGAAAAUCGAUUCCCAUUCUAAAACAGUUCUAGCUGGGCAAUGAAAUGAGUUGCAUACUCACACUGACGCGAGCGCGUUCCGCGACGAAAUGCUGACAUACGGGGUAGUUUGCGCGGCAAUUUUCGCCCUAUCUACGGGAUUCGUCGUCUUGCCAUUCACCAUUUUGCCGCGUGCUCAAAAAGCCGACUCGACGGUGGUAUUAUCCCACGUCUUAUUUAGGCACGGCAACAGAACCCCCGAAGUGUCAGAGCUGUAUCCAAAAGACCCAUACCUAAACUACACCUAUUAUCCGUACGGAAGGGGACAGCUCACAAAUGCUGGAAAGCGAAGGGAAUACUCGAUCGGAGAAGCAUUACGAGGGCGGUACGAAGAUUUCCUUGGUCAGUACUACAUUCCGGAAGAGCUAGAUGCCAGAAGUACAGACAGAAAUCGUACCAAGGCCUCGUUGCUAUUAGCUUUGGCCAGUUUAUACGCCCCGAGGAAGAAACAGGUAUGGAGGAGAAGUCUGGACUGGCAGCCUGUCCCUUACAACUACGUGCCGGAAAGGUACGACGCUGUGCUAUACGGUACAAGCUGUCCGACUUACAAAACCGAGUACGCGUCCGUACAACAAUCGGACGAAGUACAAGAAGAAUACAAAACCUACAAAGACACAUUCGAUUAUAUCGCUGAAAACUCCGGGCUAAAUGUGACAACCUACGAGGACGUCUACAACCUGUACUUUGGACUGUCCACUGAAGAAGAGUUCGGUCUAGCUCUGCCGCGUUGGACUCGUCAGGUGUGGCCCGCGACUAUCAAUGAAAUCGCGUACAAGCAGUACUACAUCUACACCAAGACGCCCACUCUUAAAAAAAUGGCGGCUGGUUACCUACUUCAGAAGAUUAUAAAUGAUUCGCAGAGCAAAGCGACAAAUCAAAACGACAAAAAGUUGUACUUGUAUUCCGCUCACGAGAACAACAUAGGACAGAUGCUGGCGACGUUGGAUUUGUUCGAGUACCCACACGUACCGACUUACGGGACGUAUCUGAUCUUCGAAAUCCACUUAGUCGAUGGUGUUUAUGGAGUGAAGAUCUACUAUCAGAACUACGAGACGGCGGAGCCGAAAUUGCUCAAGCUGGCGGCCUGCGAAGAGUUUUGCCCGGUGGAUAGUUUCAAGGAGUUGGUGGCGGAGUAUCUACCCGAGGAUGGUCUGUGUGGAUCUUAGUCUAUGAUUGUUGUUCCUAAGUUAAUAAAAUGAUAUUAGUA